CUGAAGGAUCGCUUUUACUUAGCUGAGGAGAAUGGUGAACUAAAUUGGAAGAAAAAUGUCCUACCAGAUGUUGAAUUCGACUGGAAGACGUAUCUACAAAAUCACGAUCGAAAAAUGAAAUUUGACAAAUCGUUGCAAAUCGAACCGAUUCCGCUUGAUGACGAAUUCGUUACUCGAUGGGAGGAAUUAAGGAAUCACCGAAUAGAGAAUGAGCUUGGAUUCUUGGUACAGUCCGAGACUGUUGUUGAAAAAGCUGCUUCAACCUUUUGCACCUCCGUUACGAUCGUCGUCGCUGCCGCUUUCAUUACUAUGCAUUGGAUGCGAUAAGUGCUUCUUACAGCAAUCAAUUGUUCACUUGUUGUUUUCCCUCACUGGCUGAUGUUUCAUUGUACGAAUUUUUGCGUACCUUUUUUAUUGGUCCUAUCCUGCAGUUAUUGUUUUGUGACUGUGCACUCUGCUCGAUCUCUUCGUGAUUAGUUCACAUUUUCCCACUGCAUUGACUAUUGCUCCAUGUGUAGAUUUGUACAGUCUAUCGAUUAUCUCUUUCAUAAAAUGUAAAUUUUAACUUUUAUAGAGAAUGGUACCAGUCAGUUUUUAUCUGAUCUUAGCUAACAGGUUACUGGUGCACUAGAUACUUUGAGC